AUGAAUGAACAACAACGAUCGAUCCUUCUCCACUCCGCAUCUCGCUUCCCUCCACCACUAGGGGUGAAGCUAUCUUAUGGUACCGCGGGGUUCCGGGCAGAUUCGUCGCUGCUUGAAUCGACGCUGUUCCGAGUAGGGAUAUUAGCGGCAUUGAGGUCUGUACAUACUCGGUCAGUUACUGGCCUCAUGAUCACGGCCUCCCAUAAUCAGGCUUCCGACAAUGGCGUUAAAGUGGCGGACCCAUCGGGCGGAAUGCUCUCGCAACAAUGGGAACCCUUUGCUGAUGCCCUUGCCAAUGCGGGGGAUCCCAAUGCCCUUCUCCAGUUGAUAGACGAUUUUGCGAAGAAGGAAAAGAUCCCACUUGAAGGGGCCUCUGAGGGAGAGGUACUUUUGGGAAGAGACACUAGGCCCAGUGGUGUAUUUCUUGCUGAGGCUGCGAAACAAGGAAUAACUUCAAUUAUGGGAGUCAGUGCCACCGAAAUGGGAGUCAUGACAACCCCUCAACUGCAUUGGAUGGUCCGUUCCAGAAAUAAUGGUGUGGAAGCAUCUGAACAAAAUUACUAUGAUCAGCUUUCAACUUCUUUCAGGUGCUUGAUGGAAUAUAUUCCCCAAGGGAACAGAAACAACAAUGUGAAUGACAAACUAAUUGUGGAUGGGGCAGAUGGGGUAGGUGGAGAAAAGCUUGAAAAUUUGAAGAAAUUGUUGAGUUAUUUGAGCAUCGAUGUUCGUAAUCGUGGUGAUGGUGUACUCAAUGAAGGCGUUGGUGCUGACUUUGUGCAAAAAGAAAAGGUGGUUCCACGCGGUUUUGGCUCUGCUGAUGUUGGGUUUAGGUGUGCCAGUUUGGAUGGAGAUGCUGAUCGACUUACAGCUUAUGCUAAUGGUGCAUCCACUUAUUACCUAAAACAGUUGGGCUUGGAAGUUGUGUUUACUCCAACAGGAGUCAAAUACCUACACGAAAAAGCUUCGGAGUAUGAUAUUGGUAUCUAUUUUGAGGCAAAUGGACAUGGAACCAUCCUGUUUUCGGAAAGCUUCUUAUGCUGGUUAGAGGGUAGAAACAAUGAGCUGACAUCAACAUCAAAAUGUUCAGAACAACAAAAGGCUGCCUUGAGACUAUUAGCUGUCAGCAAGUUAAUCAAUCAGGCUGUGGGAGACUCAUUGAGUGGGUUGCUCCUAGUGGAGGCUAUCUUAAAACAUAUGGGAUGGUCUAUGCUUAAAUGGAAUGAGCUUUACCAAGAUUUACCCAGCAGACAACGUAAGGUAAAGGUCAUUGACAGAACUGCUGUGAUUACUGCAAAUGCAGAAACCGUGGUCGUGAGGCCUGUUGGUAUACAAGAAGCCAUUAAUGCUGAAACAGCUAAAUACCCACAAGGCAGAUGUUUUAUACGGCCUUCAGGAACAGAAGACGUUAUAAGAGUGUACGCUGAAGCGAUCUCCCAAGAAGCAGCAGAUAGUUUAGCUAAUUCAGUGGCGAUGCUGGUAGAUCAGUUUCUUGGAUUCAACACUACUAAAUGA